UCGAAGCCGGAAAAAUUCUUCUUGACCACAGCUAUUGCGUAUCUCAACGGCGUUCCGCACAUCGGCCAUGCAUAUGAAGCGAUCACUGCAGACAUCAUCGCAAGAUACUACAGAAGCUUGGGAUGCAAGGUGUUCUUCCUUACCGGCUCGGACGAGCACGGACAGAAGAUCGCAGCCACUGCGAGUACGAACGGAGAGGCUGAAAUUGAGCUCUGCGAUCGGCAUGUCAAGAUCUUUGCGGAUCUUUAUGACAAGCUAGACAUCAGUUUCGACAGGUUUAUAAGGACCUCGUCAGAUGAUCACAAGAAAGUUGCAUGUCACAUCUUUGAAGAAGUUCUGCGUGCUGGAGACAUCUACCUUGGAAAUUAUUCAGGAUGGUACAACGUGAGGGAGGAGACCUUUGUGCCUGAAGGUAAAGCAAGAGAAGCGGAAAACAUGAAUUUCACCGAUCCAGUGACCGGGCUUCCUCUCAAGAAAUUAGAGGAGCCUUCCUACUUCUUUCGGCUCUCCAGGCAAGAUCAGGUCAAGAAGCACAUCCUGUCACAUCCUGACUUCAUCCAACCGACCAACGCCAGGAACGAGAUCCUGCAAAGACUGGAGCUCCCCUUGCGCGACUUGUCAAUCUCCCGAACGUCAUUCAGCUGGGGGAUCCCGGUCCCCAACGACAGCAAGCACGUCAUGUACGUGUGGUUUGACGCGUUGAUCAACUACCUCUCCGGGGUGGACUGGCCCGACGGGGCUCGCAGCAGCAACUGGCCGUGUGAUGUCCACCUAAUCGGCAAGGACAUCAUGUGGUUCCAUUCGGUGAUCUGGCCCAGCAUGCUCCUCUCGGCAGGAGUCCAGCUGCCCACCCGCAUCUACGGCCAUGGGUUCGUCAAUGAUCGCCUUGGGAGGAAGAUGUCGAAGUCGUUGAACAACGUGGAGGAUCCCUUUGCACUCCUUGAGAGG